AUGGACACGAUAAUGCAAAACACAAACGAUACUGUUAAACAACGAUUUCGUCACACAAGUAUUUUGAAUGAAGCUGCAGCUGCUCCAAAAACUGCUAUCACCUUUACAGAAAUCAUUGAAAUUUCUUCAAAUGAUGGAUCUUCUGAAGAAUCUAGCAACGGCGAUAAUGAUCAAGAGAGUGUUGACAGACAACUCCUCAAUAAUGCAAAGCAAUCCGAUGAGAAGCAAUCUGGUAGAGCAGAUAACCUGACACCAGUUGAAGGGUUUGUGGAUAAAAGGGCAAUAAGGUCCAACCCAAGAGUUCAAGGGGGGAAGAUCUCAAAGACAAACAAGGAUGGAAAAACUGUCCAAAAGGUCGUUCUCUGCCGUCCAGAUUCGUCUGUUGCACCAACUAGACCAGAUCAACUUCAUCAUACAAAACCUCAAUGCAAGGAUGCUAAAUCAGGUCGAGGCCAAAUACCUGAAUAUUAUGGAUCAAGAGCAUCAAAAAGAGUCCAAUAUUCUGACAGAAGCUUAAAUUCGCGGGUCCUUCCAAAACACAAAACCAAUCCUCAUGGUCACUAUUCCCAGCGAAAUCCGAAUCUCCCCUGUCUGCCCUUCAUACUUCAGAUAACAAUACUUCGAUCUUUGCAAACUGCAUUAGAGUCUAUGUGCUAUCGAUUUGUACAAAAGUGGCUUCCUAAGAUGCUGCUUGCGAACACAUGGGAAUGUCCCGAAAAUGUAGAGUUGAACUUAUGGCUUACACAGGUCGCAAUCGAUAGUAUUAAGGCAAUGAUUGAAGAUGCUCUGGAAAUCGCACACAUAUUUCGAGACGAUAUUUUCGUUCCGAAGUUUGAACUCUGGAAAGAGAAGAUCGAAUACUGUUUGGAGGUUGACCGGAAGGCAUCUGGUAGGCCAAUUAUGGUCCGUAGGCUCGAUGCUAUCAACGCUAUGAGAAAGGACAAUGCGAGUAAUCAGGAUAAGCUCCAAAAAGAGAUUUUUGCGCUGAAAGCCGAACUUCUGGAAAAAGAACAGAAAGUCGAGCGACUACAGCGAGAGUAUGUAGCUCUUGUGGCAAGUGAAACCGAUACCAUGGAACUUGCUAGAAAUGGCGGCAAACUCGGCAUUGAGGAAACUAAACAUCUUGGAGAUUUCAAAGCGCUUGAAGAAUGCUUUACGCUGAAUUUCGACAGGAAUGCACCUAAUCCUGAGCCAGCAGAAAACUUCUCAGGCGACCUUAUUAUGUUGUCAGCAGUCGGUUCACUGCCUGGGGCGGGUAGUAGAGGUGGUCCCAUAGCAAACUGGGGUAUCAGGCUUGAAAAAAAUGCUAGGCUCAUGCCUGGAAACAGUAGGGUAGAUACAAAUGGGCCUAUAAACGGCCAGUCUAGGAUCCAUAAUCCCACUGUCUCUCACGGAACUGGUAUGAAUGGUCUGCCAUCGAGACCUGAACCUAUUGCUAGGAAUGCUUAUGGUACCCCGAUGAACGUAACUGACAGCGCUGGUUUAGGCCCAAGAACUGCCAGUGGUCAAGUCUCUACAUCGCAUACCGGACAGCCAAUUCCUGCUGCAGCGGUCGUUGUUGAUCUCACGAAAGAUGAUGAUGAAAUUAUGGUUGAGUAG